AGCUGCAAAUCAGGGUUCAGAUCUUCAUGGUGCCAAAAUUUUUGUAUCUUCUUAUAAUAGAUGUAAUAAAACUGAGCCAGAGAAAAGUUGUGUUCCUCAUGAAAAAAGUUUUGUUACAACUGAAACAGAUAGAAUAGCAGCAGCAUAUCUAAAUUGCCAAUUUGGAAGGGUUGGCAUGGGACUAAAUCCCUUUGAAGAGGAUAAAGGUAUAGGAAAAGAACAAACUGAGCGUGAUGCUAGACCUCAAGUUGAAGUAACAGAGUACAAAAAACAAAGAGUAGAUAAGGGUAAGAAAAACAGUGAAAUGGAUAAUAAUCUUCAGAAGGAUGCUGGCAUGCAGAUAGAAUCAGUGGAACUGAGAAAUUUCCGUUUCGCACUUGUUGAUCAUGUGAAAGAGAUUUUAAGACCAGUUUGGCUCGAGGGUCACCUCAGCAAGGAUGCACAUAAGUUGAUUGUUAAAAAAUCAGUUGACAAGAUUAUUAACACCCUGCAGCCUCAGCAAAUUCCACCAAAUGAGGAUUCUAUCAAGAAGUACUUUUCUUUUUGUCAGGUGAAAAUUGUAAAUCUGGUCAAGGGAUAUACCAGUAUAUAUGGCAAAGUUCGAUAAUGUCACCUAUAUACCUUCGUUGCAUAGUUCGCCGGCAGUAUGUAAGAUCCAAAUGUAUGUAAAGUUUUAUCUCAUGGACUCGAAAAGAGAGGCUUUUAUCUAUAAGGUCAUCUGUUUGAUAGUCAAGUUUAUAAGGACCGUUGCUCAGUUGCCUGCUCCAUUAUGGAGUAAACUUGUAGGGAUUGGAUAUAAGUGCUCUAGAAGUUAGAUGAUUAGAUCUAUGAUCUUUCAUCUACUUCUUGAUUCUCUAGCAUAUG